AAACGCCUGGAAUAGUUAACGUAACAUCCAACGCAAACUCACCAGCACAUCCUUUGACCCCUGUAUCAAGAUCCAAAAAACGACCUUUGGGAGACACAAAGGCCUAUCCAUCUCCACCAGAUGUAGUCCAACCAAUGCCUGCUGAAGGGUUGAUUCCACAGCUGCAAAAUGAAGAUGCAUUAUCUAUGAGUGACAAUAUGAUGGCUAUGAUGGAUACGGAUUUCGAUUACGAUCCAUACUUCACAGCAGUAACGGAUGAAGAUUUUGAAACUUUUAAUGGCGAGCCCCCUUCUCAUACAACUGCGACCACGAAUUAUCUAACACCAGCACCAGAUUCUACGACAGUUGUCAAAGAACCGAUAUCUAUUUCGCCAUUGUCUCCACCAAAGAAAGAAAACAAUAGCAAUUUUGCUGAUGAUCUUAAGUGUUCUCCAGAUAAAAAGACAAACCCACUGGUCCCUAUUGAAUAUGCUCCAUUGGAAUUUGUCAAAGGCGUGGAUGAUUCUAAAUAUCUUCCUG